CAUUUUUCACGCGUUAUGAAAGGUUCGCUCCUCCUCCUCCCACAGCUGUUCACUAGCUGUGACACAAUCGAAACUCUUCUUAGAAAGAGCACCCACCGUGGCUGCCAGCUGCAGGGAACGGCACGCCCAUUCACAGCAAGCAUGUCGCACGAAAAAGUUCCUGACACCCCAGUGGAAGUACUUGUGGACUUGUUAACAAAAGCCAAAAAAAUAGCAGCAGGAUGUGGUGCUGUUCCGGAGGAGCUGAAAAGUCACUUGCAGAAGGCUCUGGAUAUUUCCAGCGGACUGGAUGACUAUUUGGAGAACAUGACCACACCAGAGAGUGAACCUCUGGCUGAGCUUUAUAAAAAGACUAUUUCUCAUGACUGGGAUCAAGUGUUUAAGGAGGGCAAGACUACGUUUCGGCUUCCCAAGGAGUGCAUCACUGGCCAUGUGGAGGGACAGACUCUCAAGAUGCUGAUCCAUAUGAGUCAAGCCAGGAAGGUCCUGGAGAUAGGAAUGUUCACCGGUUAUGGAGCCCUGUCCAUGGCCGAGGGACUCCCUGAGGAUGGGUGUUUAGUGGCCUGUGAGUUAGAGCCAUAUCUAAAGGAGUUUGCUCAGCCCAUUUUUGAUAAGUCUCCACAUGGUAAAAAGAUAACUGUCAAGACGGGACCUGCCAUGGACACCCUAAAGGAGUUGGCUUCUGCAGGCGAGCAAUUCGACAUUGUCUUCAUCGAUGCUGACAAGCCCAAUUACAUCAACUACUACAACUUUAUCAUAGACAACAACUUGUUGAGAUUGCGGGGUGUUAUCUGUGUAGAUAACUGUCUGUUCAAAGCUAAGGUUUAUCUUAAAGACACCACUGAUAGCAACGGGCUGGCGCUUCGAGAGUUCAACGAGUUUAUCUCUAAUGAUCCGCGAGUGGAGCAGGUCAUCGUCCCUCUCAGAGAUGGCAUCAGUCUCAUUCGGCGUGUUUCUGUGACCUCCCAGAACUCCUUUUCACAGUGUAACACAACGGAUGACGAAGUUUUCCGAGGAGUCAAAGGCCGUUCCAUUCUGGACCGAAUGCAUCUAGAUGGAAAGGUGGCGUAUGUAACAGGUGGCGGGCAGGGCAUUGGCCGAGCUUUCGCUCACGCCCUGGGUGAGGCCGGUGCCAAGGUGGCUGUGGUCGACAUGGAUCAAGGAAAGGCUGAGACUGUUGCUAAGGAGCUCCAUCUAAAAGGUAUUCAUGCCAUUUCCAUCACAGCUGACAUCAGCAGGUCAGACGAUGUCCAGAGGAUGGUCGACACCAUCGUCUCUAAAUGGGGAGCGAUCCACAUCGCCUGUAACAACGCCGGCAUCAACAUGAACUCAGCUAGUGAGGAGACCAGCUUAGAGGAGUGGGACCGCACCUUCAACGUCAACCUGAGGGGGACCUUCAUGUGCUGUCAGGCAGCAGGUCGGGUGAUGCUACAGCAAGGAUAUGGAAAGAUUAUCAACACAGCCUCCAUGGCCAGUCUAAUAGGAGUCAAGUCCUUGUCAGGUCUCACAGCACAAGUCCAGUACUCCCAUCUCUACAUCCCGCAGCAAUGAUGAUCUUAAGGAUUAGUCAGAGUGCAGCCAAGAUUAAAGUUUAUUUCUGCCAUUUCAUAA